CACUACUAUAUAACAAAUAAUUUGAGCUAACAGUUCAAUGUAUUCAGAACCACGGACUUCCGUAAACCCCAAAUACAAACUUGCUGCGUAUAAGGGUAUGUCCGACGCUGCCCUAAAGUAUCUUGUUGCGGAACGGUCACUUGCACUCAAUGCUAUAUCACAAGCUGAAUGGGCCGAGAAAAAGUACAUUUGGGUGCCACACACUGAACAUGGGUUUGUAGAGGGACAGAAGAUCGAAGAGCUUGGAGAUGAGAUUAACGUACUCUUCGCUGAUGGAUCCACUGCUUGUAUCAGUGCGGAUGAUGUACAGAAGAUGAACCCGCCAAAGUUCGACAAGGUGGAAGAUAUGGCAGAUCUAAGUGUGCUCAACGAGGCUAGUGUCCUUCACAACCUCCGGGACAGAUUCCAGUCUGACCUUAUCUACACAUACUCCGGUCUGUUCUGCGUGGUGGUCAACCCCUACAAACGACUUCCUAUCUACACUGAGAGAGUAGUGGACAUGUACAAAGGAAAAAAGAGAUACGAAGUGCCGCCCCACAUUUUUGCUAUUACUGAUAACGCCUAUAGGUCUAUGUUGCAAGACCGUGAGAACCAAACUAUCCUGUGUACUGGAGAAUCAGGAGCGGGAAAAACAGAGAACACAAAGAAAGUUAUCCAGUAUCUUGCCAGUAUUACCAGUAGAGGAGGAUCUGCUUAUUUGACCGAUACAGCUGUUCAGAAUGGAGGGCCCGUGUCUCCUGUCAAACCUAAUGUAAAAGUUUCAGCUAAGGGCAGUAUAUCCUGUUUCCCAUUCCUUACAGAAGAGCAAAAAGCGCUGAUGAAGAGGAAAAGCUCGAUGUCGCUGAACGCUAAAACAGGAGCUCAAGUUAAUAUGGGUGAUCUGGAGCUGCAGCUUCUGCAAGCUAAUCCUAUCCUCGAGGCGUUCGGUAACGCUAAAACAGUCAAGAACGACAACUCCUCGAGAUUCGGAAAGUUUAUCAAGAUCACAUUCGAUGUAUCAGGAUACAUAUCAGGAGCUAAUAUUGAGACUUAUCUGCUGGAGAAAGCAAGGGUUAUUAGACAGGCUCUAAAUGAGAGAACUUUCCAUAUCUUCUAUCAGAUGCUCUAUGGUGCUACUAAAGAAAUGAAAGAAAAAUUCUUACUGGAGGAUAUAAACGAGUAUCCGUUCAUUUCAAACGGACACGAGUCCAUCGCCGGACAGGACGAUUCACAGGACUUCCUGGACACGCUGGAAGCUCUAGAGAUAAUGCAAGCUGCACCCGAAGAGAUUGAGACUAUCCUAAAGGUGGUCAGUUCUUGUUUACUGUUUGGUAACGUUGAGAUCAAACAAGAGAGGAAUUCUGAUCAAGCCAUCCUUACUAACAACACAGUAACCCAGAAGAUUUGCAAGCUGCUCGGAAUGCCAGCAGUUGACUUCGAGAAAGCCCUCCUAAAACCUCGCAUAAAAGUAGGACGAGAGUAUGUUGUAAAAGCCCAAAAUCAGGACCAAGUCCGGUUCUCUUGUGAGAGUAUUGCUAAGGCAAUAUACGAGCGAACCUUCAAGUGGGUCUCUCAGAAGAUCAACAAGGUGCUGAGCAGAAACCAGUUCCAGGGAGCAGCCUUUGUGGGGAUCCUGGAUAUUGCUGGCUUUGAGAUCUUUAGGAUUAACAGUUUUGAGCAGCUGUGUAUCAACUACACCAACGAGAAACUCCAACAACUCUUCAACCACACCAUGUUCAUCUUGGAACAGGAGGAGUACAGAACUGAGGGUAUCGAGUGGAAAUUCAUCGACUUCGGGCUAGAUCUGCAGCCUUGUAUUGACCUGAUUGAGAAGCCUAUGGGAAUCCUGGCGUUGUUAGACGAGGAAUGUUGGUUCCCCAAAGCUACUGAUCAGACUUACGUUAGCAAGGUGGAGAAUGAGAUGGUCGGCAAGAGCAAGUUCGCCAAACCCGACUUCAGAUCAGACGCAGACUUCUGCGUGCUCCACUACGCCGGAUAUGUAGAGUACAAAGCGGACAAGUGGUUAUUGAAGAACAUGGACCCUCUUAACGAGAACUUGGUACAGCUGCUGUCUGAGUCUGCUGACUUCUUCGUUGCGGCCCUCUUCAGAGAUACUAGCAGUAAUCCCGGAUUCAGCUCAAUGUCUACAGCAAACGCCGGACAGACCAGUCGUGUCAGAAAAGGAAUGUUCCGAACUGUUUCCCAGCUCUACAAGCAACAACUGGAGACCCUUAUGGGAGUGCUCCACGACACCAGGCCUCACUUCGUGAGAUGCAUCAUACCCAACCACGAGAAGAAGCCGGGUAAAAUGGUGGCACCGUUGAUCUUGGAACAGUUACGAUGUAACGGUGUUCUGGAGGGUAUUCGAAUCUGCAGGCAGGGAUACCCCAACAGAAUCUUAUUCCAGGAGUUCCGUCAGAGAUACGAGAUAUUGACUCCCAAUGCUAUCCCAACCGGGUUCAUGGACGGCAGAAAGGCCGCCACUGCGAUGCUAAAUCAACUGGAUUUGGAUCCCCGAUUGUAUCGAAUUGGAAAAUCUAAGAUAUUCUUCAGAGCAGGUGUUCUCGCUAACCUUGAAUCUGAACGGGACGAGAAGCUCAGAGUUCUGAUCAUAGGAAUACAGGCACUUGCCCGAGGAAGGUUGGCAGUUGAGAACUUCAAGAAGCUUAUCCAGCAACACAAAGCUAUUCAAGUGCUACAAAGGAAUGGAAAGUGUUACCUGAAACUCAGAAACUGGCAGUGGUGGCGACUUUUCACUAAAGUUAAACCUCUAUUGCAAGUAACCUCACGUGACAAGGAGAUCCACGAGCGAGAGGAGGAACUGAAGAAAGUACAAGACAUGCACUCCAAAGACAAGCAGACGAUGGAGGAGAUAGAGGCUCAGCUCAAGAAGACAUCAGACGAGCGAGCAUUGCUGGCUGAGCAGAUAUUCAGGGAGAAGGAGAUGGCUGCUGAGGCUGAUGAUCAACGAGUAAGACUCUCUACGAAGAAGGCUGAGCUUGAAGAGUAUAUCCAUGAUUUGGAAGAGAGGAUUGAUGCUGAAGAAGAGAAGAAUGUGAAGAUUAUGUCAGAGAAGAAGCGUGUCGAGGGAACCAUUGGGGAACUCGAAUCCACGUUGGCAGAUGAGGGUAAUGCUCGCCAGAAGCUCUCUAUCGAGAAGCAGCAGCUGGAGAACAAGCUUAAGGCGCUUGAGGACAGUCUCGCUGGCAGAGAGGACAACAUAUCCAAGAUGACACGUGACAAAGCCCAGAUGGAUUCCCGACUAAAGGACACCCAGUCAGCACUGAUAGAGGAGGAAGAUAAGGGAAAAGCUCUGACAAAACAGAAAAUGAAACUAGAAACUGUACUUCAUGAACUUGAAGAUAAGCUCCAGAAGGAGGAAAAGGCACACGAAGCAUUAGACAAAGCGAAGCGAAAGCUAGAAAACACAAUCCACACUCUGCAAGACAGCUUGAAUGACAAAGAAAACAGAGUGACAGAACUCCAGAAUUCACUGGACAAAACUGUGGAGGAUGUUGCCAGACUUACUCUCAAGUCUGAAGACGAUGCCAGUGCGAGAAGCAACCUGGAGAAGAAGAUGAGAGAGCUGGAGAACAGAGUGAGUGAUCUCAGUGAGGAUCUGGAGGCUGAACGAGCUGCUCACAAGAGAACUGACAAACUCAAGCGAGAUCUCAACGAGGAGCUACAGAAGAUAAACAAUGAGUUGAUGACGAGCGUGGACAACACGGCCGUGCUGCAGGACCACAGGAACAAAAGAGAACAAGAAGCAGAGGAGCUGAAGAAACAGCUGCAGAAAGAUAGGGACGAGCACGAGACCAUGUUACAGACUAUGAGGAACAAGUAUCAGGCACAAGUUGAAGAUUUGGAGGAGCGAAUGGAGACUCAGAAGAAAUCUGCGGCCAGCUACGAGAAACAGAAAACAGAGAUGGGAAAAGAACGAGACCUUCUGAUGGAUGAACUGGAGCAGAUGAAACAGAUCAAGGCUGACCUAGAUCGUAAGAAGAGAGUUUUGGAGAGUACCCUCAACGAAAACACCGUCAAAAUCGAAGAGUGUGAGAAAGGCAGUGCACUUUUAGCAGAGAACAACAAGAAACUCACAGCGGAACUCGAAAAUCUCCUUCAGAAACAAAUGGACGCGGAGAGCAGAGUGUCGACGUUUGAGCGCCUCAACAAGGACCUAAACAGACAAAUAACAGAGAUCCAGGAGAACUUGGAGAACGAAACCAGGGAUAAGACUACCAUGGCCGCUAAAAUGAGGGACCUACAAGCAUCACAUAACCAAACUAUCGAGUUUAGAGAAGAACAAGAUGCCAGAGAAGCUAUUCAGAAUAAACUUAAUCAGACCUCACAACAAUUAGCGGAUGCAAAGCGCGUCGCAGACGAGCACGCGAACUCAUUGGAAGAGGUUGAGAACGCGCGCAGAAAACUGUCACGAGACCAGGAGGACCUUAACUCUCAGAUAGACGACCUCAGAAACCAGAUCCAGAAACUGGAGAAAUCCAAGAAACGAUUACAAGGCGAAGUUGACGACCUGCAAGUAGAUCUCGAGAAAGAGAAAACCAUGGUCAACUCCCUGCAGAACCAACAGAAGAAAUUCGACGCAACUUUGAAUAAGGAACGUGAGCGGGCGGACGGACUCGAGGGAGAUAAGGACGCGUACGAGAAGAAGUGCCGAGAUCUGGAGAGCAAAGUAUUGUCUCUACAAGCUGAACUCGAGGAUAACAAUGAGAAACUUUCAGACAGCGAGCGCAUUCGUAAACAGCAAGCAGCUGAAUUGAGCGAGGUGAUGGAGAGCAAGGAUGACGCGGGUAAGAACGUCCACGAGCUGGAAAAGAGUAAGAGGGCACUGGAGAACCUGGUCCAAGAACAGAAGGUUCAAUUAGAGGAACUUGAGGAUGAGCUGCAGGGAAUCGAGGAUGCUAAACUCAGACUUGAAGUCAACACGCAGGCGAUGAAAGCUAACUUCGAGCGAGAGCUGGUAUCACGUGACGAAGCGAGCGAAGAGAAACGGAGACAGAUCCUGAAACAGCUCAGAGAACUGGAACAAGAAAUCGAGGACGAGAGGAAACAGAGAUCUAGCGCGGUAGCAGCCAAAAAGAAGAUAGAAGGAGAUUAUCAGGAACUUGAGAUGAUGCUUGAAGGAGCUACUAACGCAAAGGAGGACCUCCUCAAACAAAACAAGAAAAUCCAGAACGCCCUCAAAGAUUAUCAACACGAUCUGGAUGAUGCCAGGCAGAGGGCUGACGAAGCUAACGAAAACGCCAAGUCAAGCGAGCGCCGCGCUAAGGACUUUGAAGCGCAGUGUGUGGGUCUGCAAGAGGACCUGGCAGCAUCAGAACGAGCCAGACGACAAGCUCAACAGGAGAGAGACGAACUGUUGGAGGAGAUGAGCUCAGCUUCUCUUGGAAAGAACGCAGUAGCAGAAGAGAACAAGAAACUGCUACACAGGAUCGCACAGUUAGACGAUGACCUGGAAGAGGAGCAAAACGAAGCUCUCAGACAUCUAGAGAAAUCUAAGAAACUCCAGCAAUUGUUGGAUGACAUGAAGGAAGAAUUGAACGUUGAGAAGAAUAACAGCGGCAGAUUGGAGGCUGACAAACUUACAUUCGAGCGACAAGUCAGAGAACUCCAAGGUAAACUUGAAGAAAUAGAAACGCAAGUGAAAGCAAAACAAGGAGCGGCUUUAGUUGCACUACAGAACAAGAACACCAGUUUGGAGGAACAGCUGGAGAACGAGUCAAAGGAGAAACAAGCGCUGAGCAAGACAACGCGCCGCGCGGAGAGGAAAAUGAAGGAGCUGGCUUUACAAGUGGAGGACGAGAGGAGACAGUCAGAUCAGUACAAGGACCAGAUGGAGAAAGCAAACAGCAGGAUGAAGGCGCUCAAGAGACAGAUCGACCAGAACUACGAUGAGAUGAGCGCAGUUAACGCAACCAAGCGGAAGCUUCAGAGGGACCUAGACGAACAGAUUGAGACUAACGACUCCCUUCAACGGGAGAACAACACUCUUAAGCAGAGACAAAGAGCCAAGUCCCACUUGCUUCAAGACUCACAACUUAACACAAGUCACCACUCACGAACAUUUGACCACGAUAAUUCGAGAAACAUCAACAUCUCCUCACUUGACAGCAAAUACACCAGUACACCAACAGAACGGGGCUACGGCGACAGAACCUCCACCGUCAGCAGGAAGACGACCAGGAAUCCCAGUCCUGAGGAGGAGAGCGACGACGAUAUCUGAUCACGUGACCUGACGACGCGUGUACGUGCGUUAUGUCACUCUACUUUGUUACACAACAUUUUAUAGAUUUUUAAUAAGCAAUCCUAAGGGGGUUAGUUUCAUUUGAAAAUUGUUCUUUUUGUUUUAAAGUUUUAAUUUUGUCACCUGAUAUGUUGCCAUGAUUGGUUUUAUGAUAAAUUUAAUAAGUGUCACAGCGAAAAUUUAUAGCUUAUUAUUCAAUGUUUUUUCAAGAAAUCAAGAAAUUCCGAUAUAAUACUGUAUUAUAACUAUAGGUUUUAGGUUCUACCAUAUAAUGAUAUGAAAACAUUCUUAACCUUCUGAUAGACGCACGCUUUUUGUGCUUGUACAGUUGCGCGCAUGUUUGCACUUGUGUUUGUAAACUUGCACGUGCUGUUCUUUUGACAACCGAAUGCUCAAUUGGAGAGGGUAUUGAGGUUUAUUAAGUAUAUUUAGUAACUAACUUAGUAACUGAACUAAAUGUGGUAGCAUUUUCAUGGAGAGGUUUGUACAUAAUUCCCCGACUGUUGUAGAGUUAUAAUAUAGUGUCACGUAAUUAAUAUUACACUACAUAAUAUAUCUUGUAUCUGUACACACUGAUUUACGUUU